GAACUAGGGUUUUUUCAUCAACACUAACACAACAAACGCUCUCACACACCGCCGUUGCUUUGGUUUCAACGAUUCAGAAAAAGCACCGGAAAUGGGAGUUUUUACACUUGGUUGCAGAUGCUCCGGCAGCGAGUGGAGUGUGAAGCAGCUAAAGGGAGACCUUGAAGCCUCCGCCGAUUCUAGCUAUACUCUUCAGAGGAAGCUUGUUCACGUCGCUUUUUCUAGCGACUCUUCCGGCGGUGUUCAAUCUACUUUCAGUUACGUCCUCCCCGAUUCUGCUGUUUUUCAGGGGAGCUGGUGUAACAAGGAUCUUAGCAGCAUGCCAUGUUCUAGUAUAAGCAGUUUUCGGGAAAAGAAUAAAUUGUCCUUGCAGUCUCGGAAGCAAUAUAAUUUGGUUGCAAUCUGCAAGCCUAAACAAGAAAUGGAUGUCAAACUUUUGUCUGGUUGUUUUAAUCGGCCAAAGCGGAUUCCUAUAUCUUUUCGACGCCGAUCUUCGUGUUCUCUAACGCCAUGUCAAGCCAAGAGAGAAGAUUCAGAGGGAACCUUAAGCAGUGAAAGCAUCGUAUUAGACGAACAAACCUUAGAACAGGAACUACAAAUAGCCAUUCAGGAAGAAAACUAUGCCCAAGCUGCAAAAAUCCGUGAUAGCCUCAAACUCCUUCACGAGGAUAGCAAAACCGCAGUUCUAGCUGCAAAUUCCCGUUUCUACAACUCAUUUAGAAAUGGUGAUUUAGCCGCGAUGCAAGAAUUAUGGUCAAAAAGCGAGAAUGUAUGCGUUGUGCAUCCAGGUGUUAGUGGCAUAUCGGGCUACGAACUUGUAAUGGGAAGCUGGGAAUUCGUGUGGGCGGAUUAUGAAUUUCCGUUAUCGAUUGAGGUGAAAGAUGUGCAAGUUCAUGUCAGAGGCGAUAUGGGGUACGCUACGUGUGUCGAAAUGGUGAGAACAGCGGGUAAAAGUUGGGGUCGCCAGUUUGCGACGAAUGUGUUUGAGAAGAUCGAUGGACGAUGGUUCAUUUGUGUUCAUCAUGCUUCUCAUGUUGAUUUAUGAAGUUUAGAAACCAUUAUAUAAGCAAAUUCUAUAUAAUAGUUGCAGUUCAGGGGAAUAAGCUGUUCAUUUCUGGUGAUGUAUUUGAACUUUGUUUAAUAAUAUGUGUAUUUAGUGUGGUUUUAUAUAAAAA